AUGGAUGACGUUCUGGGCGAGUUGCGAGGCAGCGAUAUUCGCCUCGUGCAUAGUAUUCCAUCCACUGCACUCUUUCCACCGAAUGUUUCAUUGUGCGACGGAUUCGGGUUCGCCUGUACUAUUCUGCCAGUUCUGGUGAUUAGUACAGCAUUGCGAUGUGACGGAAAGAGUGAUUGCCCAGAUGGAUCCGAUGAGUUGAACUGCAAAGAGUGCCAGACUGCAUUUUCGUGCACGAUUUCAAACAAAACUAAUGUGAAAGCUUGCCUACUAUCUGAGCAGCUUUGUGAUGGCAUACCUCAUUGUCCUGAUGGAUACGAUGAGAAAAGGCAUUGCAGUAAGCUUUAUUUCACUGGCUAUAAAUGCCCGGCAACGUCUCUCUGCCUUCCGCCAAAUUCGGUUUGUGAUGGUGUAGUGGACUGCGAUACCGAAGAUGACGAGUCGAACUGCACAAGUUGUACCCGAGGAGCCUUGUUCUGUGAAUCCACGAAGCGUUGCAUCCCGGCUGGUCAACUGUGUGAUGGCUUUCCGCAGUGUCCUGAUCGAUUGGACGAAAAAAGCUGCGAUUGCCGAGGGUGCUCUGGAUCAGAAAAAGCGCUUUGCUCCGACGGACAAUGCCUGGAGCGGUCUAGAAUCUGCGAUGGAAUAGCGGACUGUAGCGACGGCAUCGACGAAGAGGACUGCCCAGGUUCAUGCCUUUUGGACGAAUCUGAAAAGAUUCCGUACGUGACGUGUGCUGAUGGACGACGUUAUCCGGAAGCGGAAGCAUGUUCUGGGGUCAUCGAGCAAUGUGCGUACAACUGCACAAAAUGUGAUGAUCUGCUCGCUUUUACGUGUAACGAUCGUAAAUACUCCUAUAUCAUGUUUUCUUUCUCAUUUCAGGUCUGCGAUGGCAUAGAUGAUUGUUUUGAUGGUGAAGAUGAGAGAAACUGCAAAUGUGGAGGCUCCGAUCAGUUUGAGUGCCUCAAGUGCAUCUCGAAAGCUAAAGUCUGCGACAGUGUAUGGGACUGCAUGGACGGAAAGGACGAGAUGGGUUGUAGCAAAUGUCCGGACAACUCGAUACGCUGCCAUCACGAGUCCAAAUGUAUUCCAAAAUCUGCGCGGUGUAAUGGUAUAGCCGACUGUCUGGACGGUUCUGAUGAAUCUAACUGCACGUGCAAUGAAUGCAUUGGACAUCACUGGAACACGUACAUGUGUGGAGAGACUUCGCACUGCUUCAGAAGGGACGAAAUAUGUGGUCCGUACACGGUGUGUCCAAAUGCCACUAGGGCAGACAAGGUCUAUUGUGCUAGGCGAGCUUUGAAGGGCACUGAGCUAUUUCAGUAA